AUGGAGAAAACUACAGAGGAGGCAGGAAUCUCACCUCCCAAAGCAGCCACGGAGGAAGCCGAAGUUGGAAUUGCUCGAGCAUGGCCGAUGAACUUCCUCACACUCCAUGGACAGCAUUCACCAUGCCCAACCAAGAAGAUACACGUCCAAGGAUUCACGAUCAAGCAACUUUAUCGACACAUGCAGGAAAGCUGCGUUGCUAAGGGAUGCCUGAAAGAGAUCCUUCUCAAAUACGUCUGCUUCACUUCUCUCGUGAAGGACAUGAACAUCUCAAUCGCCAAGAGAGUGAGAUGGAGAUAUUAUCGCAGUCAUAUUUCAUCUGACUUAUUACAACCAGACGCCUUCCUGAAUUGUGGCGCAUGCACCCAAAUCAAGAAACAAUGGAGAACUGUGACUGGGGAAGCCCAAAGAGACCUGGAAGGUCUUCGUGAAAGGCGCUUGAAGAUGGCUGAGAAAUCCAAAGGGAUCACACAAAUGCACAUUCGAAUGCCUGCUGGAGAAGCCUGGUGCCCCAAUGAGCAUGAUAUUCAAUACAUCAGGGAGAUCCUUGGCCCAGACCUUGGAUAUGUAUGUCUACAGACGACUCCAGCACUCAAUGCAUUCGAUGUUUUGGUGCCUCCUGAUUGGAAUGCAGCUGAACUAGAGGUGGUGAGGGCAUCCAUCCAAAAUUACUUCCCAGAAAUGUCUGAAGACAAAGUCCACGUUUGGCAUGUGUUUUCUCCAAACACCCAGAAUUCCAUGGAACUAGUAUUGUAUCUUCAAAAGCUGAGAGACUACAAGAACACCUCAACUGAAUUCACUGCCAGCAUAACUCCAACCAUGCAAUCCUACCUGGCGAACGUGAAAAGUCAGAUGCUCGGACCAUUGCAACAGCCCAUCAUCGGCUCUACUAGUAUUGGCAGUGCUGGGACCAACGACCUUCAUCCGGGGAUGUUGGCCGUCGUUUAUACAGAGCAGAAAACAUCACGGCCAUGGAUGGGAAAGAUAACCUCCAUAGAAGAGAAAGAAGUGACCAUCCCCUCGUACCAGGGGACUUAUGAGAAAUCUUGGAACCAAUGA